UUUAGUAUAAUUGAGGUUCAAGGUUUGAAUAAAGCAUACGCAAAACCCACCAGGGGAUACCCCGACUGGGGGUAUGGGUAGGGCCAUUCCUCUCACACCGUACCAAAUCUGUCAAGCCAAAAUCUCACUUAUAUACUGUUUACUAAUACAUAUUAAUACAGAGUCUGCUAGAAAGCUCCUCCUAGUUUCUAUUCCUAAAACCUACGUCACUAUAUUGUAUUGCACAUGCUUCGCCAGUGGUAGGGGGUCUCUCCUCCUUUUGGGGGUCUUGUUUCUGAUGAAGGCUCUGGGUCUUCCUCAGUGUUCGCUGUUUGUCCUUGCAGGUAGCUCAGGCGCAUUAUGCUUAGGAUUACAUAAUUAAAUAUAUGUUCCCACAACAGGCCUUAGUUCACUGUCCAAUGUCUGGAAUUAUCCCAAUUUGACCCAAUUCAAGGUCGAAAGUUUUAUUUUUAGAUGCUGUUCUUAGACCUAUACCCUUACUAUCCUCACUCCCACCAAACAUCUGGAGGAUGAUUCUAUCUGCUUUGUUUAACCAUUUCCUUUAUCCCAUUUUGCUUUGUAACAAUUAAGUACAAUUAAGUACAAUUUUUCUAUUAAUUAUAAAGCAACAAUUUUGCUAAUAUUGUGACAAUUUAAUUAGUACGAAUUACAUAUAUAACACAAGUGUUCAGCCAUCUCCGGGAGGGCACGGCUCCAUCACGCGUCACCGUGUCCCAGGAAGACAAACGCGCUAACUCCAAAUGUCCCCGGCUUCCUCCUCCCGCGUCCCUCCUCCCACGCACUCCAGCCCCCUCUCCAGCCUGGCAGUACAAGGAGUAGAAAAGAGCUUGGCCCAGUGCAAGUACUGCUCGACAAUAAUGAAAACAUCUCUAUUAUCAUUCCUGUGUUCUGGACAAAUCCAAAACACAGUCCCACAGCAGCCACUCGAAGCCAAAACCAGCACAGCUUCACAGGACAUUCUGCUGCAACCAGCACCGACCAGCAGCUCACUUUAAGUCGGCAAGAAAGAAAAGUAAUGGCAUUGCUAUAUAAAUACUAGAGUGAUAUGCGUAUGUUAUGUGUUUAAUUCUGUAUUUUAUGCUUAAUGCUCUGCACUAGAUUCGUGUUAGUGUAGAGAGAGAGCAAAAGUUAGCAAAGUGGGGAAGUGUGACUGUCUCAUCUUGGAAGUGUUCACGCAUGGAGCAACCUGGUCCAGUGGAAGGAGACUGCCCAACCCAGGGGGCGGAACGAGAUGAUCUUUAAGACGUUUCCAACCGAAAUCCCGUGAUUCCGUGAUAAUAACAAGGAAACCUCACAGUCCUUACGCUCACUUCUUGCACUAUUUCCCGUGUAAUGUUCAGCCAAGAAGGCCUCCGGGCUGCGCAGAUCCCUGCCCCCAGCACGGCCCGAGCCGCCGGCCCCACCCGUGCCUUCGGUUUCGAUUCCCGUGCGGCGCGGCCGAGAGGCGGUGACGGGUGCUCCCGCCCCGCUCCCCCACAGUCCCGCUGGCGGCCCCGUCCCGGGCGGAGGGGCAGCAUGUGCGAUCCGGCCGUCUGCAGUUUCCUCACCCAGACCCUGUGCGCCCAUGGCGGGCGGCUGGGGCUGCGGGAGCUGCAGGAAAAUAUCGGGCUGUCGGCGCUGCAGCUGGAGGACACGCUGUCGGCGGCGGGCCCCCGACGGUUCCUGAAGGUGGGGAGCGGCCCGGUGGUCCUGGCCGUGACGGACGUGCGGGUCUGUGUCCGCAAAGCCUGCGACGGCUGCGAGCGGCUGCACCUCUGCAAGCUGCACCUCAUGGGCAGGUGCCACCAGGGGCCCAGCUCUUGUAAGUACUCGCAUGACAUCAUGAAUGCAGAGAACAAAAAAGUUCUAAAAAAACAUGAUUUGUCUGGCCUCAGUGAGAAUGAACUGCAAGUCCUGCUUCUCCAAAAUGAUCCAUUCUUCCUCCCUGAUACCUGCCAGUUUUACAACACAAAAGGUGGUUGCUGUAGGCAGCAAAGCAACUGCAACAAGCUUCAUGUUUGUCGACACUUUCUCAAGGGGAAAUGUAAAUUUCCUCAAUGCAUAAUGAACCAUAACCUCUUGGAUGACCAUGCAAUGAGAGUGUUGGAAACUGGAGGCAUUGAUGGGAAGAUAGCUUCAAACUUCCAGGCUAUAUAUGAUUUCAAGCAUGUCGAAUUCAACAAGGAACAGAAGAAGGGGUAUGUACACAACUACAGACGAAUAAAUGAUUAUUGGAAAAUACCAGCAAAUCAAAGGAAUAAAGAAGUGAAGACAACUACAGUGCAGUGUAUGCUGGAUGUGCCGCCUUCAAAAGGUCCCAGUAGCACCGUGCCUGCUCAGAGCCAAGACCAGUUGCCAACAGGAGCGGGAGAUAAAGGUAAAGGUCCCAGUAGCACCGUGCCUGCUCAGAGCCAAGACCAGUUGCCAACAGGAGCGGGAGAUAAAGGUAAAGGUCCCAGUAGCACCGUGCCUGCUCAGAGCCAAGACCAGUUGCCAACAGGAGCGGGAGAUAAAGGUAAAGGUCCCAGUAGCACCGUGCCUGCUCAGAGCCAAGACCAGUUGCCAACAGGAGCGGGAGAUAAAGGUCCCAGUAGCACCGUGCCUGCUCAGAGCCAAGACCAGUUGCCAACAGGAGCGGGAGAUAAAGGUAAAGGUCCCAGUAGCACCGUACCUGCUCAGAGCCAAGACCAGUUGCCAACAGGAGUGGGAGAUAAAGGUAAAGGUAAAAAGGACAGUUCCUCUGAUGAAGCUUCAAAGGACAACAAAAAAGAUAACUGUGAUGAGAUCUGUUUGUUUUAUGUCUGGAAGUAUUGCAAAAACAAGGAUAAAUGCAAAUCUGUUCAUUACCAUUUGCCAUAUAAAUGGGAGAUUCACGAUGGGUUGUUCUGGCAUGAACUUUCCAUGAUGGAGGAAAUUGAAAAGGCCUAUUGUGACCCAAAAAACAGCAGCUUGCAAAGCAAGAACAUUAAUUUCCAGACAAUGACCUGCUCUUCUUCUUUGGUUCGACGCCUCUCUACACCAUCAUCAGUCACAAAACCCACAUUCCUACUGACCACACAGUGGAUUUGGUACUGGAAGAAUAACCAAGACAAGUGGAUCGAAUAUGGAGAACAGGAAGAAGGGAACAGCGUGACCGCACCAUCUUCUGCUAUUAUUGAGAAUUUAUAUCAAGCAGAUCCAUGUGCCAUUGUACCUUUCCAGGCUGGCCAACAUCAAUACGAACUCAAUUUUAAAGAAAUGACUCAGACAAACAUUACUUUUAAGACUAAACGACAGGUCUGCAGGCGACCAAAAUUUGUGUCUUCUGAAGAUGUCCAGAAGAUAAAGACAGGCAGCCAGAGGGAUUCUUCUAUUCCUAGUCACUGGGAUGCAUCUGCACUGCCUGACUUGGGAUACAAGGCAGUGGUGAUCAGCAAUGCGACCCCUGAAUACAAUGAAAUAAAGCAGCUGUUUCAUCAGACUAUGAAAAAUUACAGCAUCCUUAAAAUACUGAGGAUUCAGAAUCCAUCCCUCUGGAAGGUGUUUCAGUGGCAAAAAGAGAAGAUGAAAAGGGAAAAUGGAGGAAAGGAAGUCCAGGAAAAACUCCUGUUCCACGGAACUGACAUUACCUCCAUGAAAACGAUCUGCACUCAGAACUUUGACUGGAGAAUUUGUGGAAGCAAUGGAACUAACUAUGGGAAGGGAAGUUACUUUGCUAGAGAUGCUUGCUAUUCCCACGCCUACUGUCAGGCUACGCUGCAGGGAUACUUGAUGUUUGUGGCUCGUGUUCUGGUUGGAGACUAUGUUAAAGGCAACGCCGCCUACGUCCGUCCCCCAAAGAAGUGUGCUGACAAGCUCUGGUUUUAUGACAGCUGUGUGGAUAAUGAGUUAAAUCCUUCUGUUUUUGUUGUCUUCGAAAAACACCAGAUUUACCCAGAGUACAUAGUAGAGUAUAAAGAGGAGAGAAUAAGAGAGCAGAAAGAGCCAGCAAUAAUAGUGUAUAAAGCAGUGGGAAUAAGACAGCAGAAAGAGGCAGAAAUAAGAGUGUGUAAAGAGGACGGAAUAAGAGAGCAUAAAGAGGAGAAAAGUAAAUGUGUUAUUUCUUAGAGGACCAUGGCAGUUUGCAUCCCUCAUCUUGUUUUUCGUUGCAGGUGUUCUCCUACUUGGUGACUUCUUUCUUUUUAAUACAGUUCUUCAGAAUGUUAAUCCAAACAAUUUUUGCAUUGACUAGGGCUGGCUAAGCAGAUGUUACAUUUGUUGUGACUGCCUUAUCUUCUUCUCUUCCUCUCUUAAAUUAAGCAAAAACAUUUUGAUAACCAUAGCAGGAAAAUCAGAAUUGUGGGAUGGGAAAUUGAAUGUUACGACUGCUGUAGGCAAAUAGUUGUUAAAUGCAUUAUCUAAAAAAAAAAAUAGAGAGGAUUUCUCUUUGCAAACAGUUAAAAUAAAAAUUACAGUAGUUUUUAAGGAAGCUUUCAAAUUUUUAGUAGCCAGAGAUUCUUUUCAGUGCAGAAUUCAUCUGUUCUUGAUCCUCUCAUCUAUCAUUAUUAUAAACAAUUCAGCGUAGGUAAUAAUGACUUGAGUUUGUUUGUUAAUGCUAGUAUAUGUUUUGAGUUAAAAUGGUAAACAAAAAAACGAAAAAGCAUAUUUUAAAUCCAUAGUUCUCGAGAAUUUUCAUCUGUACGAUGGCAAAUGGAUCAGAAAGCUAAUUCUUUGUGGAAAUUUGCAGUAACUUGCUGUAACCUAUACAAAGGCAGAGCUCAGCUGAAGCUGUGAAAGCCACCACAUGAGAGUACGCAGAUACCAAAAUUUGGUGGUUUAGCUGCAACUAAUGGCUGUAAGGACACUAAGACUGUGUCCCAACAAGCCAGGCUUUCCAGUGGAUGUGGGCACAUAGCACAAAAAGACAGGGGAAACCUCUUAAGGAGCAUAGAGAUGUUCUCUCCUGUUGGUGCAGUAAUUUUCGUUUUUCCAGAUGUAGAGUGGGACCAAAAGAGACCAGUUAGGUUCUCUUGAGGCCAGUGGUAGAACUGCUGUCCUAAGGCACCGUCUACAUGUUCUGCUGCCCACUUGCGUGGGGCAGGAUGCUGACAAGUGAGGAUCCUCUUUGUGUUUUGGGGGUGAUCCUGGGUCAGAAACUUGUGCAGUUUCUACUAGAUGUUAGCAGGGAGCCUGUAAAUGGAUCCAACUGAAGACCCUCUGUACAAAAUGCCAUAUUCAGGCAGUUUAGCUGUUCAGAGGGAAACUGGGAGUGAGGACAGAGGAGCAGUAAUUUUUACCUUCACAUAAGCUUUACAGAAACACCAAUAGCCUCUGAGGUUUUUGCAUUUGUGAUACAAAUCUGUCAACGCUCAAAGAUAGCAAGUUCUUCCCUAGAGGAACGCAAAAGAUAAAUCCAGAAAAUCUUACUAAAAUUACUUACAACUAAAUGAAAACAUGCAGGGAAGAUUUUAACACUUUUUAAGAUCUCUCCUUCUCUUGUUUGCCUUACUUAGUUUGAAUUACUAAGCUUGCUGUAUCUGGAAAUAAAACCUGUUUUCAGGCACUUUCAAGGUGCAGUUCGUCUGUACAAAAACAUGGCAAGACUAAAUAUCCUGAGUGAACCAGUCACUGCCUGCAUUCCCUGUCUUCCUUCGGUGUUUCUAAACCAGAGAACUGCACACGUGGACUGCCAUUGUAGUGUAGGUGCUUAGCUAAUUACUAAGGAGAGAAUAGCAUGAUUCAGGGAGAGUAUUUCUGUAAAUUAACUUCCUAACUAGGAGGUGUUUAAUAUUAAAGUGGUGGGGUAGUUUGGUUAGAUUUCAUGUAAUUAAACAGCUGAUAUGAGCAGUUGAUGAAGUCCCUAGAAAAGGUGAAAGAAUUAAGUGAGGCAGAACUGCUAGUUUUAAAUCUCGAAGUAGUCAGAUAUUGAGACCUUCUAAGGAUUUAUUUCUUUAAUGUGCAGAUGAGUAAUUUUUAAAGAAUCUGAAUUCAAGCACCUGUAGAAGCCCCCACUCCUGCGAGAGAAAAGGCAGGCCUGUAUGGGGAGGGUGCCAGUGAGAUGCUGACAGCUUAGGAUCAGUCCAGAUCACCACACACAGGGUAAGGGCACAGCAAUACAGGAACUGCAGAGCUAUUCCAUGGUCCAGCUCACCUUGGGGCAGAGAUGCAGCUCUCUGGUGCACAAGGCUUUGGCUUUUCCAACAGAAGGGUGGACUGGAGGUGAGAGUUGUAGUUUGGAUUACUGAGCUUGAAUGGGGAGGAAGGCUGGAAAAUGCAUACUCUGAAUGCAAGAGGAUGGAAAAGGAACAACGGUUCUCCCACCUUGUGGCACCUCAGCCUCUUCCUAACUGGCACCAAGGAAAACCCCUGGGAGGCUGUGCCACGCUUGAGCUGUGACCCUGUGCAAGCACAGAUGCUGCUGCUCUCACACUGCUGGAUGCUUCUGGCCACUGUGAUGGAAACAAAGUGAGUGCUCACUGUUACAGGUCUACGAAAUUUGGCUGAAUAACACAUUUAAAAGCUUCACACAAAGAAAGAAGUCAUGUACUUGCUUGCUCAACAAAGAUCAUCUUUGAAUUUAUUAAGGCAAAGCAGACAAAAUGUUCUACUGAAAGUAGAGCUGUCAUUAAUUACAUUGAUUACAACCUGCAUAGCUAGCCAGAGCUUUCUGAGGCUUUUGUUCACUUAUACAAGGUGUUACAUUCCUCGAGUAAAAAAAUUACCUGUCCGAAGUCAUUGCUUGAAGUGCACUUACUAAAAAUAAUAGUAAAAAUCCAGUGUAACCUGUCCCAAGUGAGUCACCCCCACCAUGGCUGAACAGACAAGCAGUGAUGAAGCUGAAGAGCAGCAUGCUUAUAAAUCAGAAGAUCUAAACCACUUCUACCUCUUGUUCCACGAUGCAGGAACUCUGGGGCAGUGCAGGGCCAGCUUAGAAGUGCUUUCUUAGGUCAAAAGGAAACUGUAGGACAAGGCUGCUGUGAGACAUGGGGAAGAGCCUGAGCUGGACGGGAAGGAGGGGCAGGCCUGUGAGGCCAGGAGAGCUUACAGAUGUGGAAGCAAAGCCAGAGCUUUGGCAGUUGCAGAAUUUGGGAUUUCUAUUCCAGGAGAGGAGGCAUGAGUUCAGUUUCAGUGUGAAAUAUUAUCUUCUCCUUCAUUAGCAAUUUCCAGAAUGUUAUUGCAAGACAAUGUAUUAGCUCUGCGAUGCUGCAGGAAUCCAGAGGCACCAGAGCUCCCUUGAGGUCUGUGGCUCACAUUGUGCCUGACUUGCAGCACCGAAGUUUGUCCCAUCACAUGCAUUGGGACAGAACUGUGUCUGUCCCCCUGAACCCACUUUCCAUGGCAGAACUCCUUCCUGGUAUUCACCUCUUCGAAGUGUGUGCUUUAACCCUGGUUUUAACCCCAACAUGCAGGGACUCUCUGGAGUGAGAUGGUAGUAAGGCCUUACUAUGCAAAAGCUCAGGGAAGCACAAAGACCCAGUUCAGCAUACCCUUCAGAGAUGGUACUGUUCAGCUGAAAUCCAGGCUUUCUGAAAGAUUUAAAACUGCUGAGGGAGCACCCAUGUCAAAAUAGACAUUAUUCUUGUCUGGUUUCAUUCACCCAGUAAUGCCAGAAAGCUCUGCUGUGCUAUAUUAAAAGGAAAAAUUUUAUGAGACAGAGUUUAAAAAUGUAUACCUGUAAAGAGAUCCUGAAUGCAGACACAUCUGUGACUCCUGCCUGAAUGGGCUGGAAGCUCAACAUGGAAUUCAGUUCAUG